GGGAGCGCGCUGGCUCGCCGCUGUGCCGAUACCCGUUGCCAUGGCUGCUCUGCUGAUGGUGCAUCGGCUGCUGCCGCCGUUACAUCAUUCCUGUGAUACCUCCGCAUCGGCAGCCCGCGGCCGCGCUGCUCCGUGCACAGCGCCGGCGCCCCCCGCCAGCUUGCGGCGAGCCUGACACCGGAAAGUUUGGCGGCGAGUUCGAGCGAGAGGCGUCGUCUCACGGGAGCUUCGGCCCGAACUGAAACGACUCCCGAUGGCGCUGUCGAAUAUCUCCCUGUGGAUUCGGGAUGCCUGGGCAGUAGCCACCUCUAACCUGGACGUGGAGAGCAAGCAAGCUGCGCACGCCAAGCUGCCAUGGCAGCAGCCCGUGAAUGUGUUCCUGGCAGCCGGGCGCCCGCCGGGCAUGGAGCAGCUGCACCAGGAGGCACAGCUCAACCUGCAGAGCCUGCUGCAAGAGGAGUAUGAGGAGCAGUACAGCGAGAGCAGGGUCACCGGGCAGACCUUCCGCAGCACCGGGCACCCGCCCCCCGACACCCCUCCGGAGCCGUCACCCCGACCUCCCCCUGCCAAGCGCCUUGAGUUCGUGCUUAUGCCCCCGGGCCGGCGAGCGACAGACGAGGAGAGCACCAGCACGAGCGCACUGGGUGCGCGGCCGCCUGACGCCUGCCUGAGCCUCCCCACCAGCCCGGACAAGCAGCCUGCCUGGCCCAGGGCCUUCCCCCUGCCCACCCUGGAGGAGAAGCAGCGGCACCCGUCCUGCUCCGUCCAAACCAACAUCGUCCCCAUCAAUGUCUCGGGGCAGCACUUUGCUAGGCACGCGAGUGCUCGUCACUCCCUGUUUAACACAGAGACCGCGAUGAACCCCAAGUCCACCCUGCGGCGUAGACGGACCAUUAUCGGAUUCCCUAACCUGUCCCUGCGAGACCAAGGCAGCACCAACGGCCCCACAUCCGCCGCUCCCGUGCCCAUUGCUGAGUCCGUCUCCUGCAACUUCAUGCCCGAGGCCGCAGGGCCGGCGCCACAGGACACUAGCCCCCGCCAGCCCCGUGCCGCCCCACUGAGGAAAACCUUCAGCGACUUGGGGGCGCGCUGCUGCCCCAUGGACCCCGCGGCCACCCCCUGCACCGGCGCCUGCAAUGGCCCGCACGGACCCCCCUUCCCGCCGCCAUGGAGCUACACGGGUCCCCCCAGCCCCACCAGCGGCCAGGGCACAGGCCCGGCCUGCGUCUCGCCGGGUGGCUCCAGCCCUUCGCCCAGCCCCGGCUCACCCGCUGCAGCCGUCGCUGCUGCCACCGCCACCUUCUUCAUCGCCGCAGAGGAGCGCGCGGGCAGCAACGGGCACGGCUCCUUCUCCAGCGCGGUGCCCGAGUCCCCCUCCGGGGAUGGGCAGGGGUACGAGGGCCGAGGCUCCAGGGGGAACUUGCUGCCGGGAAGCCGAGCAGAGGCUGAGCCCGCGGCAGGGCCAGCGCGGCUGGAGGUGGAGCGUGCCGGGUGCCGGUUCCGCGAGCGCUCACUGUCGGUGCCGACCGACUCGGGCUCGCUGUGCUCCGUGGACAUCGCGUACGCCGAGGCGCGGCGGGGCAGUGCCAACUACGCCCUGGGCUACCCCAGCGCCAGCUCUGAGGGCAGCACCAGCACUGACAAUGUCUCGCUGGGGCUGGGGCUGGAGCAGGAGGGGCAGCGGCGCCGGCGCUCCAAGAGCAUCUCCCUCAAGAAGGCCAAGAAGAAGCCCUCGCCCCCCACGCGCAGCGUCUCGCUCAUCAAGGAGGGCCCGGACGACGACGCGGAGCCCAGCCUGGUGCUGCCCAAGGACCAGCGGCCCAAGAGCCUGUGCAUCCCCCCGGAGCCCCAGGGGCACCGGCUGGUGCACGCCGACCCGCGGGGGAGCGCGGGCAGGGAGCCCGAGGGCACGGUCGCCCCCCUCCAGUGGCAUCUCGCGGACUGGAAGGCCAGUGCGGACCCCCCGUACCGCUCCCUCUCCAGCUCCAGCACGGCCACAGGGACCACGGCUGUCGAGUGCGCCAAGGCACAGGGCAGCUCCGAGUCGCUCACGUCCCCCUCUGUCUCCCGGGCCACGACGCCCUCCCAGCUCUCGGCCGAGGCGGACCCCAAGACCUCCUCCCCAGGCAGGCCCCCGGGGCUGAUGUCCCCGUCCAGUGGGUACUCCAGCCAGUCUGAGACCCCGACCCCCACCGUGCCCACCUCCGCCGUCCUCGGGCACUCCCCGCGCCAGGUCCGGGUGAGGCCGCUGGUGCCCGAGAGGAAAUCCUCGCUGCCCCCCACAUCCCCCAUGGAGAGAAGUCCCAAGGCCCGGCUGUCCUUCGACCUGCCACUCACACCCCCAGCCCACCUCGACCUCUCAGGGCUGAAGAUCUCCCUGAAGGGGAAGACAAAGGUCAGCCGGCACCACUCCGACUCCACCACCUUCGGCACCAAGCUGGCCCAGAAGAGCAGCCCCAUCGCGCCCAUCAUGCCGGUGGUCACGCAGUCCGACCUGCGCUCCGUGCGCCUGCGCUCCAUCAGCCGCUCCGAGCCCGAGGACAACACCGAUGGCCCCGAGCACGCCGAGGAGCUGCCGCGCGCGCCCUGCCCUGCGCCCGACAGGAAGGUGAAGCCGCCGGUGGCAGAGAAGCCGCCUCUGGCCAAGCGGCCCCCCAGCAUCCCACCCAAGCCCCCGGUGCUGCGGGAGGAGGGUCCCCUGUCCCCCACGUCCCCGCCGGGCAUUGCCGUCACCACCACCACCAAGGGGCUGCCGCAGGACGGCUUCGUGGUGCUGCGGAAAGGGGAGCUGAGGAGGGGCCCGGGGGAGCCCCCCACGGCCCCGGUGCCAGCAGUGGGACCGCGGCGGCUCUCGCAGGGCAGCCUGGAGGACGAGCCACGGCCGCCGCGGAGGAAGGCCAAGGUGCCGCCGCCGGUGCCCAAGAAGCCCAGCGUGCUGUACCUGCCGCUCGUGCCGGCCCCGGUGCCGGGAGCCAGCGCGGGUGACCCAGCGCCUACCCCCAGCCCCAUUAUCACGCUGGACACCGACCCCACGUGCUGCGACCCAGACGCUGAGGACCCGCCAUCCCCGGGGGCCCCGGGCACAGCAGCUGCCGCCGGUGACGCACCCCCGGAGCAAGGCAGCCCGGCGGAUACUGGCACCGAGGAGAAGAGCUUUGCCAGUGACAAGACGGCCGAGUCCAUCGCUGAGGAGGACGACGACGUGUUUGUGAUGUCCCGCACCACGGAGGAUCUCUUCACUGUGAUCCACAGGUCGAAGAGGAAGGUCCUGGGGCGGAAAGAGCCUGCUGACACCUUUGCCAGCCGGCCCAACUCCCACUCACCCAUCAAGACUUCGGGCUCCCCGACCAGUGAGUCCCCGGCGGCAGCAGCAGCGGCAGCACCGGGCAGCACCGGGAAGUCUUCCAGCAGGAAUGAAGAUUUUAAAGCCCUGCUCCAGAAGAAGAGCAGCAAAACCAGUGCCGGCACCCGGCCAUCUGCUGCCGAACUGCUCAAGACCACAAACCCGCUGGCUCGGAGGGUCAUGACAGAGUUUGCCCCCGAGCUGGAUGGUGCCAGCAGCCCCAGGAGCCAGCCCUAACCACGCGUGCUCUCUUCUGGCCAUGGAGGACUGCAGACGGCUGCAGAGGGAGCGUCGCUGCGGACGCGGCGGCCUGGCUGCCCGCUGAGCCCUGGGUCCUGCUCAGGGCUUUCUUCUGCCUUUGUUUCUUCCUUGGAGAGCUGCGUUUGGAGCCCAAGUGUCUCUGGUGGCGCAGGGCCAAUUCCAGGCGGGAAGAGGCAGCCCUGUGGCUGGGACCAUCCCAGCUGCUCGGGAGGCGGAGCGGGACAGCAGCCCCGCAGCGAAGCUAGCUUGAAACUGUGUGGUCACUUCGGCAUGUGGUACUUUAAAUGGCUUUUCUAAUGCACAGUGGUGAUGAUGAUGUUUUAUUCUCUUUCGUUUGACAUUGUACCUUGAGUUUCCCAGGCAAAGAUCCCAGGUUUGAGUUCGGCUGGAUACAUGGAGAUGUACUUUGGGAAGACGUGAGGGGGCCAGCUGGAACCAAGGUUGCUUUUGAAGAGCCGCAAGAGGUUCCCCCUCCUCAUCCCGAGCACCCUCCCUGCCACGUGGGGACACGGCACCCGGCGCCUGCAGCCGGCGCGACGACCUCAAGCCAACCCCAGCCCCUGAAAGCCCCCCAAAUGCUGCAUUUCAGAGCUCCUUGGCUCUCAGUCCGAAAGCAAACCCCAGGGUCGCCUCCAGCGCCAGAAGCCUCAUCCCGCCAGAUCCGCCACGUGUGGAGGGAGGUCCACCAGCCCCCCUGUGCCCCACAGCCCCCCAGCACCAGCCCCGACAUCGGGUGCCUCGUGCAUCGCACCGGAGCACCAGCAUCUCCUGCAAACAUCGGCCAUGUCACCACCGGAGCACCAAGGCUGCCACAGAGCUGUUGGCCAAACGCAUCCAGACGCCACCUCCCGGGGUCCGUCUGGGGUUACCCGCUGCUCCCCGCAGCGGUCCCUCAUGGCACGUUCUGCGGUGGCGCUGCUGAAGGGUGGUCCGCACGUCCCCGGCUGGGAGCCAGCCCUUGCCCGGGGCACAGCGGCAGGCGCAGGAUGGGAUUCAUCCCCCUGGUCCCCCGCUGCUUCGCCCUGGCUUGGCUGCAGCGGGAGAGCAGAGGCCGCGGUGAUGGGCAGCAGGGCAGGGACAGCCGCGGGGCCGGGGCGGGGCACGGGAGGAGGGCAGGGCUGUGGGGAAGCACCAGCUCCAGCUCCGAGCGUGUUUAGAACAAUUUCCGCUUUAUUGCCAGAUGUGUCCGUGCUGGCCCCGCUGUGGCCCGGUGCCCCCUGGGGCAGCGGUGCGGAGCGGGGAGCACCGGGGCGAGGGGCCAGGGCUGGCCUGGGGGGUCUCUGUCCCCUCGGGAGCACGGCCCCGUGUUCACUCCCGUCCACGCACCCGGGCUGGAUUUGACCCUUCGGGAGGCUCCGCGCCCCUGGCAGUUGAUUCCCGUUCCCCUCGCUCCCAUGACUUGCACAUGGCUCCCUGCCCUCGCCGGGGCUGCAGAUUUAAGCCUGUAAUUCAGAUCCAGGCUGCGAAACUCAGGAAAAAAUAGAAAAAAAACCAAGAAAAAGAAGCGCUAUGAGAUGUCCCUGCUCCAGCCCCUGCCCGGCCCCAGCCCCGGCCCUGCUCCCGGCCCCGCCGCUGCCCAGCCCGGCGCAGGGGGCUGCCGUGCUGGGACGGGGCACUGGGACGGGGAGGGAAGCUCUGGGACGGGUCCGUUUUGCACAUGACUGCUCAGGAAGCCGGUGGUGGCGGUGGCGGUAGCCAGGGGACGGCGGCGAAGCGGGCUGCGGACACGCAGGGGGACGCCCCUGCAGAAACCCAGCACCGCCGCGUUGUCCGCUCUCGGAUAGGGGGUGUCUGGGGAAGGUGACUCCUGGCUGCCGAGCCGGCGGCUGGGCCGUGGGGUGGAGAUCCCCGGUUCUCGAAUGGGCUCUUCCCGGUGGAGCUGUCCCUGGCCGCUCGCUCCCUCCUCCCUCUGCGGGUGCAGAGGCGCUGGGGAGCGCCCGGGCGGCGGUGCCAGCCCCCCCGCGGGCCCGUGCUCCCGGUGGUGUACUGUUUAACGUGCCAGCUCCAGCUUGGUAAACUGCUCCUGCUGACGGCUG